AGUAAUACAAGAAAAAAUAGCACUGAGUUACUUGUUCUUAGAUAUCUGUAGUAUUUGAAUCCAAGAAAUAUUUGCCUAUAGACUUAUAGCAGAAGGCGUGUCCUUUUUCAAGUUUUUGACGGCCAACGGAGAGAGAAAAGAUAUAUUCUGAAAAUGGAUGAAUUAGUUUAUGCAUCAAACACUACAACUAGCUACACGCAUCUCUUUAACUUCGAAAAAAAUUUCGUUCCUCAGGAUGCACAAAUGUGGAUGGAGGGCCAUUUUCCGUAUUGUUUUUUGUACUGUGCCCUUUACGCGAUCCUAAUUUCUGGUGGAAAGCUUUACAUGUCAAAUAGACCGAAAUACGAUUUGAGACGAGGGCUUGUAAUGUGGAGCGCAAGUCUUGCAUUAUUUUCCAUUACUGCAGUAUACAGGACUAUGCCGAGUAUAUUUCAUCUAGUGCGACAUCGUGGGCUUCACUACAACAUAUGUGUACCUAACAUUAAUGAAGAUCUCAUUCUUGGUUACUGGAGCUAUUUAUUUGCCCUGUCGAAGCUAGUUGAAUUCGGUGAUACAUUUUUCAUUGUGUUACGGAAACAACCGUUGAUAUUUCUACACUGGUACCAUCACAUCGUGACUUUUCUUUACUCGUGGCUCUCUUACGUGGAAGAUGCAGCGUACGCUAGAUUGUUUGCUUUUAUAAACGGUUUUAUUCACAGUUUUAUGUAUAUUUACUACACCUUCAAAGCAAUGGGAUAUCAUCCGCCAAGAUGGUUAGCCAUGACGAUCACUUUAAUGCAAUUAUCACAAAUGUUUGUGGGUAGUUUUCUAACUACAACAGCUUACUAUUACGUAUACAUUGCCAAAGUUGAAUGCCACGUUACACCGUUGAACAUCACUGUUGCUGGGAUCAUUUUUUAGCUAUGUCAUUCUCUUUGCUAGAUUUUUCGUACAAGCUUAUCUGUCUAAUAAAUCUGCAAAGAACGUCAAAGAGAAGACCGAUGCAAAUAGCAAGCUGAAAGCUAACUGAAACGAGUACAAAGUUUUACAUUGUUUUUUAUUUUUCGUUUAUAACUCAUUUUUUCAAAAUAAAACUUUCUAAUAAAGCUUUCUUACAUAAUUUUUGAUUAGACAACUAAAGCUUAAUCUAUUACUCAACUUAACUAUACAUAAAAUGUCUUUGGGAACAAAACGUCGCGUAAAUAUAAAAAUUUGUCUUUUUACAUAAGAAUACGACGAAUCAAGUCGUGAUCAUUUUUAAUAAUAGAUAUUUCCUAUUUAUAA